CCAUAUUCUCAUCUCUUUACAGAAAAUCUUAUUAUCGUAGAUAAAGGUAUUGAACAGAUAGUUCAGCUUAUUGACAAUAUUACGAACCAUGAUCAAAGGACCACAUAUAUCUUUACAUCGGAUCACGGAAUGACGGAUAGGGGAUCACACGGAUCUGGUCAUCCUGUUGAAACUGAGACUCCUUUUGUGAUAUGGGGAGCAGGAGUGGAGCAUUGGACAAGUUUAAAUGAUGAUGUUUCUAAUCAUGUUGCAAUAGAUGGAGUUAUGGUCCCUUCAUGGGAUAUUAACCAAGCCGAUGUAACACCUUUGAUAUCAGCUCUUCUUGGUCAAGCAAUUCCGAAAAACAAUUGUGGUAAACUUCCACGUCAAUAUUUAAAUGCUUCGAAGGCUUACGUGGCUAAUGCUAUGCGCAAAAAUGCCGAUCAGUUGUUUCAGCAGUAUUACCAAUGGAGAAUGCAAUCUAGUCAAAAGUGGUUCCAAUGGAGUAUUUCUCAAAAGGAAACUGAUUACGUAACAAUAAUAAACAAGAUAAGAAAUGAUAUAGAAUUCGCCAAUAAUGAAAGUCAAUAUGAAAAAGUGAUUACAUUAUGUGACGUACUAAUGGACGUAACGCUUGAAGCGAUUGAUUUUUACCAUGUGUAUUACAAAAACGAACUACUUUUUAUCCUGUCAUUCGCUAUGCUUGGUUGGUUGUUUAUCGUAUUGGGAAAAAUAUUUUUUCUAGAAGAUAUUUUUUCUGAAGUCGAUAAAAAAAUACUUUUUACUGGCUUUGUUGUAAUUAUUGUCGUCUGUGGAUACAACCUUUUACAAGGAGUUCCUAAAAUUGUAAUGUUUUACUUCAUAUUGCCUGUAUUCCUAUGGAUUCCUGUGUUAUCAAAAUGGAGGGCAUAUAUCGCAAUGAUAAACUGGAAAAUAUUUGGACAAACUAUUCUUUUUAUUGGAUGCUCAGAGUUAUGUGUGGUGGCUUUCUUUCAACGCAGCGUUCUCAGUAUUUUUUUAGUUGUGAACGCAUUAUAUUUGACGUAUCAUUUGAGGCGCCAAAGAGAUAAACAUACGAUUUUAUUAUUCUCCAUAAUUUUGAGCAACAUCAUAUUGGCUGUUUUUCCCAUGUUACCAGUUGUGGAAAAAGACUCAAACCAUCCUUUUCUGCUGAUAAUUAGCACCCUAUUAUGGACGAUUGGAAAUAUUAUAAUCACUGGAAAAUCUCAAGAGAACGCAUUUUAUCGCUGGAUUCAAUUCAUCGUUUGCGUGGGGCUGGCACUUAACACACUAGUUUCAAUUCAUAUCAUUGAAACUGGAAUGGUUUUAAGCUGGUUGAACCAGGCUAUGUCAUGGGCAUUCAUUGCUGCGUCACUAAUUGUACCAUUAUUAACAACAGUUUCAAUAACGUCGCGGCUCACUGCCAUAAUUGUCAAUUUAUCUGGGCCAUUCCUGAUGCUAUCACUUUCGUAUGAACCAUUAUUUUUAAUGGUAUUUUCCAUCAGUUUAUUCAUUUGGCUACAAUCGGAAAAUGAAAUCUUCAAUCAAAAAGAACAGAUAUCGAAACUGUUUUUCUCUAGUAGACUGAAAACAUUCAAACCUGUCGAUUUUGAUGAUUUUCGGCGUUCAAUAACGUUUGUAUUGUAUAUGUUAGUUUCAUUUUUUGGCACUGGAAACAUAGCCACGGUCAGUUCAUUUGAUCCAAACUGGGUACGAUUGCUUGUGUCAACAUUCUCACCCUUCCUCAUGACUGGACUUAUUGUAUUCAAGCUUUUGGUUCCAAUUUUAAUAUCAGUUUGUGUCUUGAGGUCGCUGCAGAUCAUCAUAAAGGUCAAAGCGCAGACUCUCUUUCUGUUGAUAUUUAUCAUAUGUGAUUUGAUGUGCCUGAAUUUUUUCUACCUUAUCAAGAACAAAGGCUCGUGGCUAGAAAUUGGUUCAUCGAUUUCUCAUUUUGUGAUCAUGGAGUUCACAACGAUCGUUUUAAUUUUUUUAUAUGGUUGUGCAAAACUAAUGACGGAAUUAUCUGUCGCAAGUUUCAAGUACCAUGGUAGGUUUCGUUACAUGUUACCAUUCGAUAGUAAAUCUAACAAAGACUGAGAGUUUGGUGCGUAAUGUAAGGUUUAGGCAGGUUAUGAAAUGUAUGUUAGGCAGUUGAUGUAAUGUACAAUGGAUAAUGUAUAAUGUACGAUAAGCAUAAGGCUGGUGUAUUAGUUAUGAAUAUAAGUUCCUUUUAUGGAUGUGUUCCUAUUAUGGCCUUUGAAGUUCCCAUAGGCCAUAAUUGAAACACCAUAAUAAGAACGUAUAUGCAUAACUGGUACGCUUGCCCUUAUUCAUAAUUAAACAAAUCAUUAACAAAAUCUACAUUAUAUCUUUCAUGAACUGAUAGUUGAGAACAAUCUUGGCAAAACAAAAUGAAAACAAGAACAUACCUGUAGAACGAAUAGAUCAGUGUACAGAAUUCGCAGUACCUAUUAUUUAUCGACAUGCUUUGACUUUUCUCGGUGGAUGGCAGACGGAAUAGCAAACAAUUAACAAAUAGAAUAACCCCGUUCAUGUGUAAUUCCUUUGAAAUUAUUUCAUUUUUUAACAUAAAACAUAAAAAAAAAUCAAUUGUUCACUCGCUUUUAAAGCAAGUUUUUUUUUCAAAGCUUACUGUUAUAUUUUAUAUUUUGUAGAAAAACUCUUUUAUAAACAUGAAAUAAAAAUCUUCGGUAUGGUCAAGUGAUAACAAUACUCUCUACUAUACUUGGCAUGCAUAGUUUUAUACACCAACUGUUCUUUUGUUAAAUAACUUUUCACUCAGUUGUUGAAACUUGGUUUUCAUUGAAGUAAUCGAUUGAGUAGACCACCGGAUAAAACCUGGAGAGCUUCUCAAGUUUAGCAAGUAAUAUAGCGUGGUCAACCAGGUCAAAAGCAGCCUUGAGAUCUGUUGGCUCCACCAGCCAACGUUACGAUGGGACAGCGGGGUACUGGAUGCUUGACAUCCACCAGCUCCAAUCUCGAACGGCACAGAGGACCUUUCGAGGAAUAAUCACUAGCCACGAUGCACUGAACUAUCUAUGCUCUUCACUCGUCUACUUUUCCUAUGCCUAGUCCUGAAAAGAACUAAUACUAAACUCUUUCAAUGCGGGAACAGUAGCGAGACAGUGGCAAGAUAACAGCUUCAGUCUGAAACCAAGAAACUACUCAGCAGUGAAAGGUCCUCCAAGCGACAACGGAAUCAAUCAGCAGCAUCGGUGGUGGUGGGAAAGAACGACAGCAGAACUCAAUUGUGCUCAAGCACUUCUCUUUAGCUCAGCUAGCCGGCGUUGCUAACUCGCUUAUCAUCUCUCCAUUUUCGCUGCAGUUCCGAAAAAAAUUGCGUCACUGCCCUGCUGACGACGCUCCACGUCCUCUCAUCCCGGCACGUUUCACUGACGACAUUUCCCGCGCUGAGGGUCGGCAUCUCCACUCGCACUGCCUCAAAUCUUGGGCAGUCGAAAACCACGUGCUUCGGCGUUUCGUCCACGUUGCCACACUCCGGACAAAGGGGUGACGUUGCGUGUUCGAAGCGAUGCAGGUACUUCCUGAAGCAGCCAUGACCAGACAGAAACUGCGUCAAGUGGAAGUUGACUUCUCCAUGCUUCCUGUUCACCCAUGUCGAUAGAAUCGGUAUUAGCCUGUGUGUCCAUCUGUGUUUACUGAAGUCUACUCCCCUUCCCUACUAGGAUUUCGAAGUCGGAAAUAAUUCACGUCCGAACCUACGCGACUACCGAAACCUUUUUUCGAGUUGGAGAAUACUUCUCCGUUUAUUAUUUAAUCAACCUGUUUUAUACUAUCCUAAACCUAUUUACUACGUACAUAAUUCUUUGGGCAUUCUUACCCUCUCUACUCUCAUUCUCUUUGCUCCCUAGCUGCGCGCGUCGUGUGCAUAUUUUUUUUUCGCAAUGUUCCGCCGUUCACCGAUCUUUUCUUUUUCUUUUCUUCAUUUAUUUCAUAUAGCCGGCGCCGGUGGUGUAGUGGUAAGCGUGACUGCUUUCUAACACCCCAAUGGGUCUGGGUUCAAUCCCAGUCGAGGUCGGUGGGAUUUUUCUGAGGCAGAAAAAUCUCUGGUCACGUCUUCCUUCGGAAGGGAAGUAAAUCCGUUGGUCCCGGCCCAUGUGUGUUGAAUGGGUGGCAAUCGAUGUCCGUCGGUGAUUGGCACUAGAUUGCGGAACAGAGACCGACGUUAAAUAAAGGAAAGAAGAAGAUUUAUUUCAUAUACCCCAUGACUCUAACCCAUCAUUCCGGCGCCACCUAGAUUUGAAGUGCAACCUUGCAUAAAAAUGAUUUUUUUGUUUUUACCGAUCCAGGGCAUUAUUCGUCUCGUAUGUCCACUCAGCUGUUUGUAGUCCAAAGUCGAAUGUGUUCUGUUUUCCCCUUGAUGACAUAAAUUUGCUGUGUCUAUGCACCCUCUCGCGGGACGUUGGCCCUCGUGGCUCUGCAUGCCCCUAUACUUACUCAGCUUGAGAUUAAAAUUGAAAAGAUAAUCUCAAGUGAAUGCGCGGGAAACCAAACUAAUAAAAUGUAAGUAAUACUGACCCUCCAAAAAUCUCUUCACUUCCUCAACAGAAUGCGACUGAAAUUUUGGUGUAUUGCCAAAAUUUCAAUCGCAUGAAAAGCCCAGCCAAAAUGAAAGAAAUCCACCAGAACAUUCUAUCUUCUUCUUUCCAAAUAAUUCUUGGAACUGAAACAAGCUGGGACGAAAGCGUCAGAAGCGAAGAAAUUUUUGGAAACAAUUUUAAUGUAUUCCGGCACGACAGGAAUUUUCAACUCUGUAAUAAAAAGUCUGGUGGUGGAGUGCUCAUUGCCAUCAAUGCUGACUUUACUUCUGAAGAAAUCAUAACAAAUAAGCACAAGGAAUUCGAAAAUGUCUGGGUCAAAGCACUUAUUGCCGGUGAAAUACACAUUUUUUCUUCUGUGUAUUUUCCACCUAAACAUGCCCACAAGCAGUCUUUUGAACUAUUUUUUCAAAUUGUUGAAACUAUAAUGUCAAAUAUGGAACCAGAAGUAAAACUGCAUAUUUAUGGCGACUUCAAUCAACGAAACGCAGACUUUAUUACAGACAUUGAAAAUGAAUCAUUUUUACUCCCGGUCGUAGGUGAAGACGAAGCAUUACAAUUAUUAUUCGACAAAAUAUCUUAUUUUGGUCUUAAUCAAAUAAACCAUGUAAAAAAUCAACAAAACUCAUAUUUAGACCUUUUAUUUACAAAUUGUACUGAAGACUUCUGUGUGGAUACAUCAUUAGCACCUUUAUGGAAAAAUGAAGUGUUUCACACAGCAAUUGAAUACUCAAUCUUCGUACAAAAUUCUUCCUCCUCCAGCGACUGGGAAUACGAGGAAGUGCCGGAAUACCAUAAAGCAAAUUACGAAGAAGCCAAACGUAGACUAUGUACAAUAAAUUGGCAAAAUUUAAUAAGUAUUGAAGGAAAUGUCGAUACUGAAGUAGAAAAAUUUCACUUAAUUCUACAAAACCUAAUCUUAGAAACUGUACCAUCAAAAAAAAGAAGACGAACACAAAACAAUAAACUACCCGCAUGGUUCAAUCCACAACUGAAAAAUUUGAAGAAUAAAAAACAGAAAGCUCAUAAACUAUACAAAAAAGAAAAAACUGAAACCAAUUUGCGAAACUAUCACAACUUAUGCAACCAAUUAAAUACAGCCACCAACUCUGCAUAUGAGGACUAUAACCGCAAAGUCGAAAAUGAAGUCAAAUCAUGUCCUAAGAACUUUUUUAAUUAUGUAAACACGAAAUUAAAAAGCAGCAAUUUUCCUUCGCGAAUGAAUUUGGAUGCAAAUGUAGGUGAGAAUUCUUCUGAAAUUUGCAGUCUCUUUGCAAAUUUCUUCCAAGAAGUAUACACCACAUUUUCCGAAGAAGAUCGUGACCGCGAUUUCUUUGCAUUCAUUCCUGAAAUUUCUAAAAACAUCUCUGUCAGCCAACUUUCUCAACAUGAAGUCCUCAAUGCACUAAAAAACUUAAACGCGUCGAAUGGGUCUGGACCUGACGGCAUCGCACCCAUAUUUUUGAAAAACCUUUCUGAAGAACUCGCAUUUCCUCUAGAGCGUCUUUUCAACAUGUCUCUGAAAAAUGGAAAAUUCCCUGAAAUUUGGAAAUCAUCUUAUUUGGUACCUAUUUUCAAAUCAGGUGCAAAAUCAGACAUUCGAAAUUAUCGUGGAAUUGCUAUUAUUUCUUGCAUUCCAAAACUUUUUGAAGCAAUCGUAAACGGCAAUAUUUUUCAGCAGGUGAAAAAUCUAAUUACAAGUAAACAGCACGGCUUUUUUAAAGGUCGCUCAACUACCUCUAAUCUUCUAGAAUAUGUAUCUUUCAUUAUUAAAGCGUUGGACAGUGGCAAGCACGUUGAAGCGCUAUACACCGACUUCAGUAAAGCAUUUGACCGCAUCGACAUACCAUUA